UAGUUUACUAUCAAGGAAACCAGCAACCAUAACAUAACCUUUAACACAUGUGUUUCAAACAUGGAUAUUGUACAGUCAAUUUUAGAAAAUGAUGCUCAAGAGAAAGACCCACGUAAAUCUACGGUAGUAAAUAAAGAUGUUGACGUUGAAACAGAUGCAGGAACUCUCUUAGUAUUGGAUUCUAAUACCCUGGAUCUCAAAGCACUGAAAGCUCAACAGGAACCGUAUUUAAGAAGUUUAACAAGGGAUAAUGUGCAACUACUGAUUAACAAAAUUUGGGAACUACCAACAGAACGUAUUGAUGAAGUGAUAGUAGCAAAAUUACCCAAGCCUCAUUUUGUAUUACCAAGAUCUCGUCAACUUCCAAAACCAAAACCUUUAACUAAAUGGCAAAAGUUUGCUAAAGAAAAAGGUAUCAGAACUAAGAAGAAGGGUAAAUCUAAACUUCAAUGGGAUGAUGAAUUACAAAAAUGGAUACCUACAUUUGGUUAUAAGCGUAAGACAGCUUUAGAACAGAAAGAAUGGUUGGUAGAAGUAAAUGAUGAAAACAAAGCCAUGGAAGAUCCAUUUGCUACAGCAAAGGCAGCAAAAGAAGAAAGACAGUCUAAAAAUGAACUGCAAAGGCUGCGUAAUAUUGCUAAAGCAAAGAAUAUUAAAAUUCCAAAAGUAGGACUUCCUACUAAAGAACAUUUCCCAGAGGCAAAACAACUCUCUCAGGCCAUUACUAUCGCUCGUACAUCGACAGCCUCUGUUGGCAAAUUUCAGGAUAGGUUACCAAAAGAAAAAGAUGCAAAGGGCAUUGCUAAGCAGGUACCAGGUAUGAAAAGAAAGGCCGAAAAUGUUCCAUUAAAUUUGAACGACGAGAAGAAACGGAAUACAGAUUUAGCAGAGAACAUCCUUAAAAGUAAUACUAAAAUCUUUCGCGAAGAUUUCUCUGCUCCAAAAACGAAAGUUAACGAAACAAAAACAAAGACAAAGAAAGGUAAAAAAGGAGUAAAAAGCAAGGGAGCAAAGAAGCCAAAAGGAGGAAAAGGAAAACGUGAUAUGCGCCUUAAAGUAGGUGGUAGAAAACGAAGAUAAAGGAACUGAAUGCUUGUGUUACUUUAAGCACUUGAACUUCAACAAUUACAAGAUUUCAAUGUAAUUUUAAUAUAUAACGUUAAGUACCUAUAUUAACAUUAAAAAA